UGCCGGAGGGGGUCAGCGCCUUCACCCAAGCGCUAGAUAUCAGCAUGAACAACAUUACUCAAUUACCAGAAUAUGCAUUUAAGAACUUUCCUUUCCUACAAGAACUACAAUUGGCUGGCAACGACCUUUCUUUUAUCCACCCAAAGGCCUUGUCUGGGUUGAAAGAACUCAAAGUUCUAACCCUCCAGAACAAUCAGUUGAAAACAGUACCCAGCGAAGCCAUUCGAGGACUGAGUGCUUUGCAGUCUUUGCGUUUAGAUGCCAACCACAUCACCUCAGUCCCCGAGGACAGUUUUGAAGGGCUCGUUCAGCUGCGCCAUCUGUGGCUGGAUGACAACAGCCUGACGGAGGUGUCCCUGCCCCCCCUGAGCAACCUGCCGACUCUGCAGGCGCUGACCUUGGCCCUCAACAAGAUCUCGAGCAUCCCUGACUUCGCGUUCACCAACCUUUCCAGCCUGGUGGUUCUGCAUCUUCAUAACAACAAAAUUAAAAGCCUGGGCCAACACUGUUUUGAUGGACUGGAUAACUUGGAGACCUUGGACUUGAAUUAUAAUAAUUUAGGGGAAUUUCCUCAGGCUAUUAAAGCCCUUCCUAGUCUGAAAGAGCUAGGAUUUCACAGUAAUUCUAUUUCUGUCAUCCCUGAUGGAGCAUUUGGUGGUAAUCCACUGUUAAGAACCAUACACCUGUAUGAUAAUCCUCUGUCUUUUGUGGGGAACUCGGCAUUUCACAAUUUAUCGGAUCUGCAUUCCUUAGUCAUUCGGGGUGCGAGCAUGGUGCAGUGGUUCCCCAAUCUGACCGGAACCGUCCAUCUGGAGAGCCUGACCUUGACAGGUACAAAAAUAAGCAGCAUACCUACCAAUUUGUGCCAAGAACAGAGGAUGCUUAGGACUUUGGACUUGUCUUACAAUAACAUAAGAGAUCUUCCAAGUUUUAAUGGUUGCCACGCGCUGGAGGAGAUUUCAUUGCAGCGUAAUCAGAUCUACCAAAUAAAGGAAGGAACUUUUCAAGGCCUCACAUCACUAAGGAUUUUAGAUCUGAGUAGAAACCUGAUCCAUGAAAUUCACAGCAGAGCUUUUGCCAGGCUUGGGCCAAUAACUAACCUAGAUGUAAGUUUCAAUGAACUAACUUCAUUUCCUACGGAAGGCCUGAAUGGGUUAAACCAACUGAAACUUAUGGGCAACUUCAAGCUGAAAGAAGCCUUAGCAGCAAAAGAUUUUGUUAAUCUCAGGUCUUUAUCGGUACCAUAUGCUUAUCAGUGCUGUGCAUUUUGGGGGUGCGACUCUUACGCAAAUUUAAACACCGACGAUAACAGCCUCCAAGACCACAGUGCAACAAAGGAGAAAGGUACCUCUGAUGUGGCAAAUGUAACAAGCAGUGCUGAAAAUGAACAUAGUCAAAUAAUUAUCCAUUGCACACCCUCAACAGGUGCUUUUAAGCCCUGUGAAUACUUGCUGGGAAGCUGGAUGAUCCGUCUUACUGUGUGGUUCAUUUUCUUGGUCGCGUUGUUUUGCAACCUGCUUGUCAUUUCAACGACGUUUGCAUCUUGCACAUCACUACCCCCCUCCAAAUUGUUCACAGGCUUGAUUUCUGUGUCUAACUUAUUCAUGGGCAUCUACACUGGCAUCUUAACUUUUCUUGAUGCUGUGUCCUGGGGCAGAUUCGCCGAAUUUGGCAUUUGGUGGGAGACCGGCAGUGGCUGCAAGGUAGCUGGGUUUCUUGCCGUGUUCUCCUCAGAAAGCUCCAUCUUUUUGUUAAUGUUAGCCGCUGUCGAAAGAAGCUUAUCUGCAAAAGCUAUGAUGAAAAAUGGGAAAAGCAAUCAUCUCAGACAGUUCCGGGCUGCUGCCGUCUUCGCGUUCCUGGGUGCUGCGGUAGCGGGCUGUUUCCCCCUUUUCCACAGAGGAGAGUACUCUGCAUCACCGCUGUGCCUGCCGUUUCCCACGGGAGAAACCCCAUCCUUAGGAUUCACUGUGACUUUAGUGCUGUUAAACUCCCUAGCGUUUUUAUUAAUGGCCAUUAUCUACACUAAACUCUACUGCAACCUGGAGAAAGAGGACCUCUCAGAAAACUCGCAAGCCUGCAUGAUCAAGCACGUGGCGUGGCUGAUCUUCACCAACUGCAUCUUCUUCUGCCCCGUCGCCUUCUUCUCAUUUGCACCAUUGAUCACGGCUAUCUCUAUCAGCCCUGAGAUAAUGAAGUCUGUAACGCUGAUAUUUUUCCCUUUGCCCGCCUGCCUGAAUCCAGUCCUGUAUGUUUUCUUCAACCCAAAGUUUAAAGAAGACUGGAAGUUACUGAAGCGGCGUGUUACCAAGAAAAGCGGAUCCGUGUCGGUCUCCAUCGGUAGCCAAGGCGGCUGUGGGGACCAGGAGUUCUACUAUGACUGUGGCACGUACUCCCACUUGCAGGGUAACCUGGCUGUGUGUGACUGCUGCCAGUCAUUUCUUUUGACGAAGCCAGUCUCGUGCAAACACUUGAUAAAAUCACACAGCUGUCCUGCGUUGGCAGUGGCUUCUUGCCAAAGACCAGAGGGCUACUGGUCGGACUGCGGCACGCAGUCAGCCCACUCUGACUAUGCGGAUGAAGAAGACUCCUUUGUCUCGGACAGUUCUGACCAGGUGCAGGCCUGUGGACGAGCUUGCUUCUACCAGAGCCGAGGAUUCCCGUUGGUGCGAUAUGCAUACAAUCUCCCGAGAGUUAGAGACUGAACUACUGUGUCCGUACCUGUUUCCCCCAUCAACCAAAAUCACGGUGUGUAUGGAGUGAACCUAAUCUGAGUUUUUCCUGGGACACACUUCUUUUCUCACUGCCUGGUGUCAUGCGGAAGAAGGAAAAGGUGGCAGUUUAUUUUGCAAACCAGUCAUUUUUUAAAAAGGACAGGCGCCUAAAUUAUAAAUCGGUGAAAAAUACAAUGUCUGAGCAAUGUGUGGUCUUUUUGAAGCAAAUUUAUAACUUGGAGAAGAUUUUAGGUAUUAGCAUAGCAAAGGAAUGUUAAGUUUUUCUGAUUCCUAUGAAGUAAAUUUAUACCAAUUUCUAAAUUAAGCACAAGAUACAGAACAGCUGUUAAUAUUGUUUUAAAAUUUUUUUUGAAAUGUGACUUUAUGUAACUGGGGAAAAAGUCUUGCUAAUUUUACCUAAUCUUUAAUCAUUAAUCUCAGGACAACUUACUGCAGGGCCAAAAAAGGGAUUGUCUCCCAGCUAGAACUGUGAGAGUGUACAUAGGCAUUACCUUACUGUUUUCUGUUUCCAUCUUUGAUAUAAGAGAAGCAUCCGUUUUGUUUAAGUAAUGGAUAAACCUGAAGAUGUUUUUAAAACAGUAUUAACAGCUGUUCGAUUUUUUUUCCGGACAUCAGACUUGGCCUUCAGGUAUCACACACGCAUUGGUGUGAGCACAGCCAUCUCUUCCUCUGUGUCUGCAGACACUCCCUAGUGGUGUGCGAGCGAGAGGCCAUCUGUACGGGCUUAGUAGAUCUGGCUAACUACUCACUAGUAGGGGGGGGUUGACAGUAUUUGAGAGAUUCGGUGGCUCCAUGUACCGCUCUCAUCAAUAAACACUUCCCAAGAUCCUAGGCUCUGCUGAUAUUUUCCAAUUUUGUCGGCAUGUCACGUAUUUACAAUUCCGAUUCUGCCAAAAGGUAAACUAGUUUAAAAAAAUUGCAUUUGAUUGGAAGAAACUGGAGUAAUUAGAACACAACAUGUUUAACAGUUGUUAUUUAAAUAAGCUGAAUUUCCUGGACGUAAGGCUAUUCCAUGGAUGUUUCUAUACAGUCUCUGUACUGUGGUUUACAGGAGCCCAUUCAAUAGCUGAACUGUUAAACAAGAUAAUAUCAAAUAGGUAUGUCGUUAAGGAAGAAAACGAAAAGGAAUAAUGCUUAGUUCUUAUGUCCUUAAAAAUUAAAAAAUUUACUUAAUUCUCAUCGAUAGGCUUUUGACAAGUUACUAUGUGGAGUUUUCAGGUUAUAAUUGUUCGAUACGUUUUUUGAACAAGUCACUAAAUCAAAGCAAACCCACUGCCAUUUUAGUUAUUCUGGAUAGACUAAAAAAAAAAUUUAAGCUAGAUUGCAGUUUAAUAAUUAAACUGUACAUACUGUGCAUAUAAUUAAUUUUUAUCUUAUGUAAAUUAUUUCUAGAACACAAGUUGGGAAAUGUGGCUUCUGUUCAUUGUUUAAUUAAAGCUACCUCCUAAACUAUAGUAGCUGCCAGUAGCAGAAUGUUAAAUUGUGGUUUAUAUACUUUUUUGCAUUGUAAAUAGUCUUGGUUGUACAUUGUCAGUGUAAUAAAAACAGAAUCUUUGUAUAUCAAAAUCAUGUAGUUUGUAUAAAAUGUGGGAGGGAUUUAUUUACAGUGUGUUGUAAUUUUAUAAGGCCAACUAUUUGCAAGUUUUAAAAAUCGCUAUCAUGUUUGUAUAUUUACACAUCCGAUAAAUAUUAAAUCAUAACUUGGUCAGAAGAUCCUAAUUAAAAGGCUUUUUCCUAAAUUUCA